AUGUACAAAGCAUCAGCAUUCAUCUUAACUAUUACAAUACUCUUUUGCUCAAAAAUCAAUGCAGCUACCAUCGAAAGAACUGAUACUGAAACAGGUCAACUUGAAAUAAGUGAAGAACUAUUCAAAGGGUUAGCUGAAUGUGAUAAAAAUGUCGUCGAAGUCGAACCUAUCGAUAAACAUCAAUAUCGUGCGUUAAAAUUAAUUCCUUAUGAUAUAAUUAUCAAACCACCAACGAAUUGCUGGGCCCUUUAUCGUCGAUAUAUGGCAGCGAAUGCGCAAAAGUUCAAGGAAAUAGCAAAUAAAACUUGCAAGAACUAUAUUGGUUGUUGGUGCUGUCCAGGCGGUGGUCUCUGUGUGACAUUUAUUGUGAAACCAGAUUUCUGGCGUUGCUUUGUUAUAGAUCUUCCAAUAUUCAUCGAAAAACUACCAAAAAUACCAGUUUUCGAAGUAGAAAAAGACAUUAUUACUCAAUAA